CGAUUUGACUCAAUUCCAAAAGAUUUGAGAUUUUGCUCCACUUCAAUUUGAGCCUCAUAGGAUUCUGUGGAAAAACCUAACUGUGAAGCAGUACUGUUUUGGCAAGCCUUGUAGGCCCUCUCCCUUGGCUAAUUCAGUGCAAGCUACAGGUUUGCAAGUUCUUGCAUGGUUCUUGCCCAGGCCUGUAUGACACACCUAGAUGUUUACCAUAUGGAGAUUUUGAUCCUUCCCAGAAUUGCAUUCUUAGUAGGCAAGAAUUGAAUUCAAGCUUCAUUUGACUGUGCUUGGAGUAAUCUCCCCCCACUGUGAAUGGAGUAACUUUCCCCGACUGUGGUUGGAAUGAAUUUCCCAUUUAGUGAAUUUGGAGUAACAUCCCGCGACUGUGAGUGAAGUACCUUCCCAAGACUGUGAAUGGAGUAACUACCUCAGGCUGCAUGAUUGGAGGAACUUCCCCACACUUAUAUGGGAAUCCCAAUAUAAAAUUGGAAUACAAAUUAAGAAAUUGACAAUGGAGUUUAUGAGGAACACACGGUGGGACACUCUUCGGGUGGAUGACGCUAGGGACAGCUGGAGGUAUCUCUUUCAGAACACUUCAGUGAGACAACCUGUGGCAGUCGCACAAGCCAACAGUGAAGACUCAUGGGAGGUUUGGGGCCGUAUUGUCAACGACUGGGAGUCAUAUUCGAAGAAAAAACCUCAAUACAUCAAAGAUCUAGUCAGGAAAGGUAUCCCUCAUCACUUCCGUGGACUCGUGUGGCAGCUCCUCUGCAAUGCCUACAGCUCGCCGGCCAAGGAACAAUAUGCUGACCUACUUAAACGGAGUUCUCCGUACGAGAAGGUGAUCCGGAGAGAUAUCGCCAGGACGUACCCGGAGCAUGACUUCUUCAAGGAGAAGGACGGCCUGGGACAGGAGAGUCUGUUUAAUGUGAUGAAGGCCUAUUCGCUUAUAGACAGAGAAGUGGGUUACUGCCAGGGUAGUGGAUUUAUAGUCGGUUUGUUACUUAUGCAGAUGCCGGAAGAAGAAGCGUUUGCAGUACUAGUCACAUUGAUGUUUGAUUACAAGUUGCGCGACCUGUUCAAACCUCACAUGUUCGAACUGGGUCUGUGUAUGUUUAAACUGGAAUGCAUGCUACAGGACUACCUGCCUGAUCUCUACAUGCAUUUCCAAGGCCAGGGUUUCCAUACGUCAAUCUAUGCCUCCUCUUGGUUCCUGACACUAUUCACUACUGCACUGCCAUUAUCCGUUGCCUGUCGAAUCAUGGACAUUUUCAUAUCAGAGGGUUUUGAGAUCAUCUUUCGUGUAGCUGUUGCUAUCUUGUGUCAGAAUCAAGUGGAUUUACUUGCUCAAGAUAUGGAGGGCAUGUUACGGUGCAUCCAGAAAGAAGCUCCCUCGCGGCAUGAGCUGGACCCAGAUGCCCUCCUUCAAACUGCUUUCCAGGUCAAAAUCAACAGCAAGAAGAUGAAGAAGUUAGAGAAAGAAUACACAGUCAUCAAGAGCAAGGAACAAGAGGAACAGGUCGAACUCAGGAGAUUAAGAACAGAAAAUCGCUUACUUCGGCAACGGGUUGACAACCUUGAGAAGGAGACAGGUACACUCGCCGAUCGCCUGGUACAGGACCAGGUUACGCGUGCUCAGGAGGCGGAGGAGAUGUUCGCCGUGCGGCGGGACUUGGCGGGCCUGAAGACGCAGAACGAGUGUUUCUCACAAGGCCUCGAGGAGGCAAACCAUGUGAUACGCCAACUCAAACAACAGAGUAGUCAAGAAUCGGACAAUCACGGGGACCAGGCGCACAUGAUACACCGCCUACAGACGGAGCUAGUUACUGCCAAACAGAAGGAGAAUGAUGCUCAUAGCGCUGUCAGAGACUUGAAAGAUCAAAUACAGUCAUUAGAAAAUGAAAACGAUAAACUUCAACGGGAGCCCGAGAUGACGAUCGUAGGGUUACAAGAGGAGUUAAUUGCGGUGAAGUUACGUGAGGCGGAGUCUAACCUCUCCAUGAAGGAGAUGAGGAAGCUCAUCAAUGACUUACAGCAGGCCUAUGAUAUUUAUAUGGAGACAAUCGCAGAUAAGAAAUCAAGUCGAACAAACACGCAACACUUACACGAUGAGCUGAUGGCUGUCAAGCUGAGGGAGGCUGAGACGUCUGCUGACCUCAAGACCAUGAAACAGAAGGUGAUGGAACUGGAGACGCAGAACCAGAUCUGCAGCCACCAGAUCCAGCGCCUCGAUGACGAGAAUACUCACCUAAAGGAGAAGAUGGAGGAGGCUGCUGACCGCGAGAAGAAACUCCGCAGUGAAAUCAAAGAUAACGAGAGGAAACUUGGCGAUAACGAGUCCCGGUGGCGAGAAGAGCAUAUGAUGUCACGUAUAAAAGACGCAGAACAUUUGCAAACCGUGGCCGAGAUGCGUCAAAGGAUAGCUGAGCUGGAGAUUGAGAACCAGGAGCUUCUGACGGCCAGUCAGCUACGAACGUUGCGGACGAAGGGGGAUGGGGUUAAUGAACUUGAAGACACCAUUGCUGAUCUUCAAGAAGAGGUGCUACAACUGAGGAUGAGCUCGAGCCUCAGCCGUAUGAGUUUCUCCAUGAAUCAACUCGAUAUGGACAGCGACACAGAUGAGGAUGACGAUAUCAGCAGGGCCAUAAAGGACAGCCGAAUAAUCCCUGAAAGCGUCGGCCUGACGGACUCUUACUUUACCCCGAAUCGCCAGAGCACGCUCACUAGGAAUAAAAAAUCGUUGAAUAACAAUGAGAAAGAAUCGCUAAAAAUGUCAAGUUCGAAUUCAUCGCUGGCAAAGACUUUGGACGAUUCAGUAGAAACUGUGAAAGAUGAUGUCUUACCUAACGGUGAGAGUCAUCCAGUGCCAUUAUCCAGUGAGAUGGAUCUGGGUUCGCUGUCAGGAUCAAAAAUAGAUUCAUUGCCCAGUGUUGACGUUGUCUCGGAUUCAGAGUCUGGCGUCGGUACUAUUGAGAAUUCAGACGUGUUAGAUUCGACGUCGGAACUCGACACGUAUGUUAACCCUCUGCAUGAUUCUGACGAUUCGCUAACGGAUGACUCGUUAGUGAACGGAACUGCCAAUAAGGAUAUAAAGGACAUUCUGAAAACAUGUACCGCAAAUAGUGAUAUCAUCGCGGACUUGAUGCGUUUUGAUGCAAAAGAAAUGCCGCCAGAUUCUGACAAGGUCGAUGUGUUGUAGUAGAUCGAUUCCAUGUGGACGUAUAAGUAUGAAUCGGCCCGGUAUUCUUGAAAUUCGAGCUUGUAAAUUUCGAGUUUGGAAAGUAUAAUUGUGUAUUUAUUUCCUACAUGUCCUGGUUUUUAGGAGAAAGCAAAUUAACACAGUUAUGUUCAAAGUUAUCAUGUUGAAAGGAUCUCAUCCCAGACUGUUGGUUGUGACUUUGUCCUCCUAUAAGACUAUAUUGCCAUCUUUUGGGAAGAACAAAAUAAAGCGAUCGAGCACGCCAAAACAUCUCUUCAUGCAACUCUGUCAUUAUGAUGAAGGUUUGUUGUAUGUUUCUGUCAGAAGGGGGGGUGGGGUGAGUCAUGUUGGACACACCUAGGCCCUUGCUUGAAUGAAAAAGUAGUAAGGGCUGUCCUUCCAAUGGCCCACAAAGUUGCAUGGUAAAAAAGGAUGGUAUAGUUAUGCAGGUCAAGUUGCAUUGACCUAAAACAUAUUAGAUGUGUCAUAUUGCACAGUAGGCAAGUGAAUUUCUAUGUUGUAAUAAUGAGAGGGUAACCUUGUAAAGUACAUUGGAUGAAAAAAGUUAUGCCAGAUAUCUCCAUGACUUUUAAAUUUCAUUUACAUGUAUGUGAUAACUGUAUUAUGUGUUAUGCCAGUAUCAAAUUUUUCAUUCAGUUUUCUGAAAAUGCUGAUUCAGGGCCAAUGGCAUGAACACAUUGGCCCAUAUGUAGGACAUUAAUCAGCAUUUUCAGCAAUUGGAUGACAAAUUUGGUCAUGUGAGGUGGGAUUAGACUCCUUGUGAAUAUUGAUGAAGGUUCUUUUUAACUGGUUGUAACCCAAGUUUAUGUUUGAGGUUUUGGUGUUUUAGUAUGUUCAUUCGCCAGGCAUAAUAGUUUCACCUUGACAUUGCAAUACAUGGGUUCAAGAGUGAGAAAAGAUUGACCUUUUUUAUUCUUGAUCGUGUACAUAUGUGUAUAUUUUAAUUUCUGUGAUUCUCAUCAAUGUACUAUAAUGUUGUACCUCAAAAUACUUGUGUGUCUUGUUUAUUAUCAUGCACUGGGCAUCCAUUCUUUUUAAAUCCUCUUCUCUUUUCUUGUUUCUGCUGCAUGCGCUCUGUCAUACCCCAAUAACUCCAAUUACCACCUCAACAGGAGACAGUGCACAUGAAGGGGACUUGUAUCAAAAGUGUUAUUUUCCUGACCCACCAUUAAUUACGAAUGGCACACCCCUUUAAAUAGGGCACACACUUAUUUUUUAGUUUUUCUUCUCCCAAACAGUUCAUCUUCACUGUGCAUUUAUAUGAAAUGUUAUCAUGAAAUAACCCACCAACUAUUUGAAGUAGCGACUAGAUUUGGACUUGGACUGGUGACCAAACAAGUUUGGACAAUUGGGGCCUGGUCUCUAAUAUGCUAAUUUUGGACUUGGACUGGUCUGCCAGAACAGGGGCCGGCUGUUCAAGACAAGUUCUCUCACUAACCCUGGCAUUAGCUUUACUUGGCUUUAAAUCUAACGGGUUUAUCUGAAGGAAAUAAUGCAAAGAUAAAGUCAGCGUUAGUGACCAAACUUGUUUGGACAAUUGGGGCCAGGUUUCUAAUAUGCUAAUUUUGGACUUGGACUGGUCUGCCAGAACAGGGGCCGGCUGUUCAAGACAAGUUCUCUCACUAACCCUGGCAUUAGCUUAACUUGACUUUAAAUCUAAUGGGCUUAUCUGAAGGAGAUAAUGCAAAGUUAAAGUCAGCGUUAGUGACCAAACUUGUUUGGACAAUUGGGGCCUGGGGUCUCUAAUUAUGCUAAUUUUGCAACAGUUAUUGAGUGUGCAAAUGAUUUUUAGCGCCUUGUUGUGAUUGGUGUAAUUUAAUUACAUGAGAUAAUUGAUGAUAUUUAUAUGUUUUAUAGCAUUUUAUUUACCCACAGAUAUUUUUAGAAUGGUUCGUGUACUUAUAUUAGUGGGCACUGCUUUUCUCCUUGCAUCUUCAGUGAUGUAAUUAUACAGGGUAUCCCAAAAUAAAAAGUAGUUAAUUUGAUUUGAAUUUGUCUCCUUCUGAUUGAUAAUGGCACGUUCCUCUUGUGGUGAAGUGGUUGUACUUUACCAAAUUACGGGGCCAGAUUCUGUUGAUUUUGACGUCACAGCUGUACAGGAAAAAGACGCAUUGAUUAACAGUUAUUUUGAGUGCCCUGUAGAAUUAUUUCUUCACAGAGAGUUGAUAAAUGUUGAUUCUGAAUGGCUUGUAGACAUUUUUCAUGAAUGUGGGUUUCUAGAAUUCUGCUGAAAAUAUCAGGAAUGAAUUGGCAUUGUUCGUAACUCACAGUAAAAAAAUCUCACUCGGAUAAUUUCAACAGUUAUGCAACAGUCAUUUACAUAAAUCAAACUGUUGUUGAUUGCAUCUAUUUCUGUACUUAUGCAUAGGGACCUGAUUUUAAUUCCACAGUGAAUUGGCUGGUCCCUUUUCACAUGGACGGCUGGGUUCGAUUUGGGAGUCUCCUUCUCCCAGAUGUCUUGCCAUCCAUGGCCAGUGAGCAAUAUUGGACUGUACCCCCGGUUAAGCGGGUUAAGCUGUGCCAUAUAACUGGGGUCACAGUAUAAAAAUAUUCCUAGGUUUGUUGCACCUUUAUUUUUCAGUGCAAAAUCAGUUAACUCUAUAACUCAUGUAUAUUAGUUCAAAUCUGGUUGUUCAAGGCCAUGCCUCUAUAUUUGGUACUUGAAUACAUUUUCACAAGCUAGUACAGUCAAAAUCAGGGCUUGUACUUCCAAGGAUACCAGUCAUUGAUGUACGGUAAAGUGGUACAACCAUUGCCCCAUAGUGCCCCUACAGUGUAGAAAACAGCUGGCAGAACACAGUGAUGCAUGCACAGGCUAGAGUUGUACCCCCUUACAUUAUAUCUCUCUAUCCUUAAAUAUCAUCCUAAUUUGAUUAAUUGUCACAAAAGUUCCUUUUGGUUCUCAAUGCCUUUCAAAUAUUUUGAGCCAUUGUUCUGGAGCUGUUGUCCUCACUGAUAUAUGCGUGUAAUCUCUCUUCUUUUGCGUCAAAACUCUUCAAAUAGACAUUGAUCUGUGCACAGUUGCUCCUGUGUCUGUUUAUGCUUUCAGUCAUCUGUUGAUGUGUUGCAGUGAUGCAACGAAAUCUGCAAAUUAAUGUAUGAAAAUAAAUGAUCAAAAGGAUAAAGAAA